AUGCAGCGACGCCUGCCUGUGCUCAUGCUGCUGCUGUCCCUGGCACUUCUGCCCCGCGUGUUGCCGUCUCAUGCGUCCGCGCUGCCGCGCACGUGCGGAGUGGCGGAGCAGGGGGAGAUUGCAGCUAGCGGAGAGGCGGAAAAUUCCGGCGCACGCGCAGGGAUAGCGCAUGUGUGCGAUGCGCGCGAGGGGGGAAUGCCGGGGAAGGAGGGCGGCGCAGGGGACGACGAAGGAGGAGAUGGAGGCGGGGGAAUGUGCGCAGGCGGAGGAGCUGUUCUCGCGCGUGGCGCACGUGGGGUAGGGGAGGGGGAGCGCGGGGGCAGCAGUGGGAACCGCAGGGGAUUCGGGGAGGGGGGGGAGAUGGCAGCGCGGGAGCGCAUGCUGCAGGGGCGGGGGUGGGCGCGCACCCUGAUGCAACGCGCUGGCGGAGAGAGACCUGCACGAGAACGCGUGGAUGAGAAGAGAGCAUCCCAAGACCCUUUCCUCAUACCAGCGAUUCAACGCCACAGCAGACCAAUGGGAGAGCGCCACGUGGCCUCUCAUGCCUGUGGCCCUCACCAGAGCUACUCUCUUGGAGAAAGUAGAGGCAUUUGCCGAGCAGUAGUGCAACUCAACUUGCAUGCCGCAACCCAAAGACACGAGCCGCCACCGCCACAGCAGCAGCAGCCGCAGGAAAGCGAGAAUAUCAGGGAGCAUUUCACGGAGGAGUGUGGAGGGUUGCACCGAAUGGCUGCGUCCAGCUGCUCACACCCCUGCCUGCUCGCCUCUACCUGCCCUCACCAGCCGCCCUGCUCUGUGCCGCACGCCCUCCACGCUGCCAGGGAGGCCUUGUUCAGCGAAAAAUCCGGCUGCCCGUAA